AUGGCCACUGCCACGAACGGCGAUGUCACGGCGACGGACAAUGUCAUGAACACCGUCGCCGAUGCCAGCAGCUCCCUCUUCCAGAUCUGUGUCACUCUGCGGCAAAGACUCCAAGGCGUCCCCGGCUUCAGCGAGUCCCUGUUAGAGGAAGAGGAAGAUGCCGACGAUGACACCGAUCCAGUGACCUUGCUUUGGCGUACCUUUCGUCGAGGUUACCCCCUCAUGCUGCUCUACAACGCUCUGCGACCAGAUCAGCCAUUGUCCAUGCCAGCCAAUGUGCGGGAAGAGAAAAAGGGCAAGGCGUGCACGUUCAAAUUCAUUCAAGCAUGCAUCACCGACUUGAAGUUUGCGCAAGAGGACUGCUUCAUCAUCACCGACUUGUAUGGAGACGAUACCACCGGCUUCGUCAAAGUCGCUCGGGUCGUGAAUCGUGUGCUGGACAUAUUGGUCCAACGGGGCAUCGUCGAUGAUAUACAGCCCACGGCCUCCGAUUUCGAGCAAGCAGAGAAGGGGAUGAAGAGAACACAGCGGCAGCAUAUCGUCAGCGAAUUGGUCAGCACUGAACGCACCUAUGUGCAGCAUCUGGAACUCCUGCAGGCUUUCAAACAUCUCGUGGAGGAAAAGGGCCUCGUCCCGGGCGAUGCUGUGCAUGACAUCUUUCUCAACCUCAACGCUCUGCUGGAUUUCCAAAGAAGAUUCUUGAUUCGGGUAGAGCAAACCAAUCACCUGGCCGAAGAGGAGCAGAAUUGGGGCAAACUGUUCGUUCUCUACUGCGAGGCCUUCAAGGUCUAUGAGCCAUACAUCGCAAAUCAGCGGAAAUGUGAGAGGACGGUCGUGGCCAAUUUCGAUAAGCUGGCCUUGACUACGAUGCACGCGAGCAUAGAAAUGCGGCAACUGGUGGAAUCUCCGACCAACCUCUAUGGAUUUUUGAUGAAGCCUUUUCAGAGAUUGUCCAAAUAUCCAUUACUGCUUGACGACUUGUACAAGAAGGGUGACUUGGAUGAAGAACGGCGGCAAGAUUUGUUGAUCGGCAAGGAGGCCUCGACGUCAGUCCUCGCGAGGACCAACCAUGCCGUCGACAAAGAAGAAAAGAUCGAGACGGUGCAGGAGCUGAAACUGCGGGUAGAGGACUGGAAGGGCCAUAAGGUGGACUCAUUCGGUGCACUCUUGCUGUACGGCACCUUCACCGUGCUCAAAAGCGAAAAUCUGGGCGUGGGAGGCAAGGACGGCGAGAGACAGUAUCACGUCUACCUCUUCGAGACCAUCCUGCUUUGCUGCAAAGAUAUCGACCUGAGCAAGCCCAAAAACAAACUCUCCAACAGGCAACUUGUCGACAAGCGAGGCAAGCCCAAGCUGCAACUGAAGGGUCGCAUUUUCAUGCAGAAUGUCACCGAUCUGGUGUCUCUGGGCAAGCCAGGCUCCUACACAUGUCAGAUCUUCUGGAAAGGUGAUCCUAGCAUUGAGAACUUCAUCAUACGGUUUACCACCGAGGAAAUGAUGAAGCGAUGGGCAAACCAGAUCGAGAUUCAACGCAGAAAGUGGCGAGACCGAUCAGGCAGAAACAGCGAAGGGAAUCGAAGCCUCGGGACAUCGACGACGGAGUUCGAAUUCAUGAGAAAUCAACCAGCCAUGGAAAACCCGUACGCACAGUUCGGUCAGGAAGAAGACGAGGACGACGCCGAAACGCUCGUCGGGAGCGGUCAUACGUCCGCCACCGCCGUUGGCUCUGUCGGCGGUUUCUCAACCCUGCAAGACCUUGGAUCAGGGAGUAGGAACCCAAGUUUCACCAGCUUGAGGAGUCGAGGAGAGAGUAUUUCCUCGAACGCCGGACGAGCUCAGCCGGCCCGCUACGGGCAGGGCAUGCAUCAGCCCAGUCUAUCGCUCAGAACGAGAGAAUUGCAACAGCUGGCCGCGCAAGCAGAGGUCGGCAGCCAGCCCGAAAGCUACUUCAGUCCAGUGGACGGGUCACCCAGCACGCUUUCGAGCUCCCGCACAAGCGCCAGUUCAGGCAUGUACAGCAGCUUUCCUAUGCCUGGUAGCCAGCCUAUGAGGCAAUUUGAGGACGGCCCGUAUCCUCCUCCAGCGCACAGUGCAAGAUAUACAGCACCCGCAAUGGCAAGACAGCGAGAGCCUUCAACGAGCGGUCCGACGCCGCCACCGCUUGGUAGAGUUCCGCCGCCCAGGCCGGGCAUGCAUAGCGUAGCAUCGGGUGCGCCCAGGAAUAGGAGUGUGAGCAGCCCCGACAUUCACAACCAACCCCGAGGCCCGCCGCCCGGCGCUGUGCCGCAGCCACCGGUGCCGCACAUGCCGGCACCCUAUCAGUACAACCCAACGCUGGUUCCCCGCAGUCAAAACAACUCGCCGAGCUUGGGCAAUGGGUUGCCGCCACCGCCGCGAGGCCAGAACGCCAGCCCACAGGUGCCGCGCGAACGAGUCUCCAGUGGACAACAACAAUACCAGCAUCGGGAGUCGCGAAACGCCACACCCACACCCGGUGGCAUGUAUCCCCCUCCACAGCAUCCUUCGCCGCAACAGCAUCUACCACCCCCGCCACCGCCCCCCUCAUCGACAUUCCACAAGCCUCAAUCCUCCUUUUCCGCCCCUAAUGAAGGACAACAAGGGCCAACGCCGACUCAAUUGAAGGUCAAAGUGCACUGUCCCUCGGUUUCGCAAUCCCUCACCCUCGUCGUCCCUCUCAACAUCUCCUACCAGAGCCUUGUGGACCGCAUCGACGCGAAGCUGCAGCGCAGUACCAAUCUGAGCCUCAGCGAGAGAGGCCUGCAAGCAGGGGCGCAGCUGGUGAAGUUGAAAUUCCUGGACGAGGAGGACUACGUGAGCAUCCAGAGUGAUGAAGAUGUGCAGACGGCUUUUGAGGCGUGGGAGGCCAACGCGAUGGGAAGUGGGAUGGCCGAGGUGAAUCUCUUUGUCCAGGGAUGA